CGACGACCAUCCAGUUCCAUAGGAUACCACGCACCCAUGUCCAGUCCCAGCUCGCUCGUGCAUGAGUUCAUCAGCUUUCUCAAUGCGUCGCCCACCCCGUACCAUGCUGUGGCCAUGGCCAAGUCGAUGCUCACAAAAGCAGGCUUCCAACAGCUCUCAGAGGCAUCAGCCUGGACAACAAAGCCAGGUGGAAAGUACUUUGUCACUCGUAAUGGAAGUUCCAUUGUUGCAUUUGGACUAGGUUCCAAGUGGAAGCCAGGAAAUCCUGCCGCGAUCGUUGGCGCUCACACAGAUAGUCCUUGUUUGCGGCUCAAGCCAGUCUCAAAGCAAACUGCUGAGGGCUAUCUACAGUGUGGUAUUGAAACCUAUGGUGGUGGAAUUUGGCACACCUGGUUUGACCGCGACUUGUCCCUGGCCGGACGUGUCAUGGUGGAAGAGGCAGACGGCACCUUUGCUCAGCGGCUUGUCAAGGUGGAGAAGCCUCUACUGCGCAUCCCCAACUUGGCGCCUCAUCUUGAUGCUGCUCGAGGAGACCCGUUCAAGAUCAACAAGGAGACGCAUCUAACGCCAAUUCUGGGCACCAUCGCUGCACAGAUGAAUGCGCCGACGAGCACAGAUUCAGGCGCGUCGUUGCAAGACAUGUCUACCAGGCAUCAUCCUGCUUUGAUUGCUCUAUUGGCAUCAGAGCUUCAUCUCAAGGAUGCCAAACAAAUUCAUGACUUUGAGCUGGUUCUUUACGACACACAGCCAUCCUGUCUUGGUGGGCUCAAUGACGAGCUCAUCUUUUCGCCUCGCUUGGACAACCUGGGAUGCACAUUUGCAUCUGUCGCAGGGCUGAUUGCUUCACUCGAAAACUCUGCUGCACUCGAAGGCGAUGAGUCUGCGCGCAUCAUCUCAUGCUUCGACCAUGAAGAGGUUGGUUCGCUUUCUGCUCAAGGCGCAGACUCCAACUUCCUACCAACGGUCUUGCAGAGGCUCAAUGCAAGCAGCGACAACUUGACAGCCAUGGAGCAGUGUUGCGCUAAAUCAUUUCUCGUGUCUGCAGAUAUGGCUCACGCCGUCAACCCAAACUAUAUCGGCGCUUACGAGUCUGAGCACAAGCCUAAGCUGAAUGAAGGUGUUGUGCUCAAAGUGAAUGCUAACCAGCGAUACAUGACCAAUGCACCAGGAAUCGUGCUCAUGCAAAAGAUUGCAGAAUUGGAAAAGGUCAAGCUGCAACUGUUUGUUGUUCGACAGGACGGACCCUGCGGCAGUACCAUUGGCCCUAUGCUUGCUGGCAAGCUGGGAAUUCGGACCAUUGACCUUGGCAACCCUCAAUUGAGCAUGCACAGUAUUCGCGAAACAGGUGGCACACACGAUGUGGACCAACUCGUCAAGCUCUUCAGCAGUUUCUUCAAGUCUUAUGCGCAAUUGUCCGUCAAGAUUCUCGUGGAUGCCAACCUCUAGGGUAAUGGCAUCUGCUUUGCUGAAUACUGCUGAUACGCGACUUUCGCUAGGCUCGAUUUUGACCAUCCUGAUGGACCUCGGCAAAAGUCACUCGUACAAACGCAUACGUCGAUCCACGAGGAGAUUACGACGUCUACGCAACACUAUGAUUUGUGCGCCCUGGGCUUUCCACAUCAGUUGAUGCCCAG